AUGUCUUCCUACUACGACAAAAAUGAUCCACACACUAUAGCCUCUGAGAAAAAACUACGAAGAAAGAUGGAUAUGCACAUCAUGCCGAUUCUGCUGUUUGCAGAAUUGUUUGGACGUUACGAACAAUCGGUCGUAACGAAUGCAAAGUUGGGUGGUCUUUUGGAAGAUUUGAAUAUGUCUGAAUUCCAGUAUCGCUGGUGUCUAUCUGCAUAUUAUGUUGCAUUUUUUGUAGUCAAUAUUCCUAUCAAUAUUCUCUUUCGUCGCGGGCGGCCAUCCAUCUUUUUGACAAUCCUCAUAUUUACCUGGGGCACACUUGUCCUGUGCAUGACAGCUACCACAAAUUUUGCAGGACUACUUGUAUGUAGAAUCAUUUUGGGGGCAUCAGAAGCAGUGUACGAUCCGAUUCAAAUGUACUAUAUUUCUCUUUGGUAUACGAGACACGAGCUUGCUCGACGCUCUGGAUUUACGGCUAUUGUCUCAGCCUUAGGUGGGGCCACAAUUGGACUGAUAGCAUUUGGAAUCAGUCAAAUACCAACCAACACGUUGAAUACUUGGCAAUGGCUAUUCAUCAUAUUCGGUGCACCAUCCAUUCUACUCGCAAUCGCUACGCUAUUCUUCCUUCCCGAUAAACCGGAAACUGCAAAGUUUUUUACAGAAGAGGAGCGUAAACUAGAGUUGGAUCGACUUAAAGCUGAUCAAGGUGCUGCAGAGGAUUCAACUUGGUCGUGGAUCCAAGUGAAAAGUGUGUUGACGGAUUGGAAAACAUAUGCAUAUGGGAUUAUCUCUGGUUUGAGUACCAUCCCUGGUGCUGGUGUGCGACUUGCCUUACCAUCCAUCAUCGAUGGCCUGGGUACCUGGGCAGAAGAUAUCUCACAAGCUUUGACGACACCGCCAAACAUUGUGGCAUGUUUUUUUAUCUUUUUGACAGCGUAUUAUUCGGAUCGGCUAUUUCAGCGAGCUUACUUUUUGAUCGCGGCUAAUGUGGUCGCUAUCAUUGGAUUUUUGAUGAUCAUGUUUAUCCCAGAACAGCAUGUUGGUGUACGGUACUUUACAGUGUGUAUCCUUAUCGCAGCCACGCGAGUAGAUGGGCCGAUCCGUUUAGCAUGGUAUACCAGUAACCAUUACGGCUUGACGCGACGUGCUGUUGCAUCGGGCAUCAUCUUUUGUAUCGAUGCUAUCGGUAGCGCUGUGGGUGGUCAGAUAUAUUUCGAUCCACCACUGUAUUGGAAAGGCCAUGCCAUCGGACUGGCCACAGUUGCUCUUCAAUCCAUCGCAAUCUUGACCCUACGAUUCACGCUCAAGCGCAUCAAUAGCAAUCGAGCCAAAAUGACACCAGAGGAAAAGGAACGGCAAAUUGAAAAGUAUGGUGGACAUGAGUUGGUUGGUGACAGACAUCCUGAUUUUAGAUAUGGAUUGUGA